ACACAUACAUACACACGGAGCGGGCAGCGGGUGGCUGUAGUUUAAAGAGAUGAGCGGCGGCGGGGCUGAGUGACCGUUAGGUGCGUGGCUGAGAUGUGCGGGGCUGUGCGGUGUUCGGAGUGAAUAAUUACACAGCUUUAUCGUAGUUUAGAGUAAAUAUGAGAGCCGUGUGCCGCUGUGUGACGGUGUUGUUGUUCUCCGCGGUUCUGUGUGUGGAUUUUGAGGGCGGAGUGCGGCUCGGUCGGGGGUCCCGGGCUACUUUCGUGAAGAGCCGGACACGGAGCUCCACUCCCGGCGUUAGACCGGGGUCUGACCCGCUGCCCGUCGGCCCCGGGAGGGUGAAGAGGAGCGAGGGUUCCGCCGCGGACUCGUGCGGCUCCCUGCGGGGCUAUGGGUCCAGACUAAAGGACAACACGCACACUUACGCCUUUAAUGAUCUGAGCGGCUCUGUGUCCCUCGCCUGGGUCGGAGAUGGAACAGGGGUGCUUUUGGUCCUCACCACAUUUCAGGUGCCUCUGUUCAUGAUCCGCUUUGGCCAGUCCAAACUGUACAGGAGCGAAGACUAUGGAAAGUCCUUUCAGGAUGUCACCGAUCUCAUCAACAACACCUUCAUCCAGUCAGAGUUUGGCAUUGCCAUUGGCCCAGAGAACUCAGGAAAGGUGAUCCUCACAGGUGAUGUGUCUGAUGGUAAGGCCUCCCGGAUCUUCCGCUCGAUGGACUUUGGGAAGAGUUUUUAUCCCUCGGAUUUACCGUUCCAGCCCAUAAUGCAGAUUGCCUACAACCCAGAAAACAGCAGCAUUCUUACUGCCAUCAGCAUCACGUAUGACCUGUGGCUCUCUACAGAUUUUGGACAAAGCUGGAAAAAGAUUCAUGACACAGUGUGUCUGGUGAAAUGGGGUACUGCUGAUACUCUCUUCUUUACCACAAAUCCCAAUGGAUCCUGCAGUGACAAGGGAAUGCUGGAACUGAGGAAGACGUCAGACAAUGGUCAAAGCUUUAAGACUAUUGGGAGCAGGAUCUACUCCUUUGGGCUGGGAGGUCGCUUUAUUUUCGCUUCAGUCAUGUCUGCCACGAGUUUGACGCGCAUGAUCCACGUGUCUGUGGAUAAGGGUGAGGUGUGGAACAUGGCCCAGCUGCCCACAGUGGGACACGAGCAGUUUUACUCCAUACUGGCUGCCAACAACGACAUGGUGUUCAUGCACGUGGACGAACCUGGAGACUCUGGGAUGGGCACCAUCUACGUGUCGGAUGACCGAGGCACCGUGUUCUCCAAGUCCCUUGAGCGCCAUCUCUACACAUCCACAGGGGGCGACACUGACUUCACCAUUGUCUCCUCUCUCAGGGGGGUCUACAUGACCAGUGUGCUGGCUCAGGAUGGUUCCGUUCAGACCGUGGUGACAUUCGAUCAAGGGGGUAAAUGGAGACCCCUCCGGAAACCCUGGAAUGGGAAAUGUGACGCCACCGCAGGGGACCCUGGCUUGUGCAGUCUACACAUCCACGCCUCCUACAGCACAUCCAUGAUGCUCAAUGUGCCGAUGCUGCCUCUGACCGAGCCCAAUGCUGUCGGACUCAUCCUCGCUCAUGGCAGUGUAGGUGACGCCGUGUCCGUUUUGUCUCCUGAUGUCUUCGUUUCUGAUGACGGCGGAUACACAUGGUCACAGGCACUCAAGGGACCCCACCACUAUGCCAUCCUAGACUCAGGAGGACUGCUGGUGGCUGUGGAACACAACCCUAAUCAGCCCAUCUUCCAGAUUAAAUUUUCCACAGACGAGGGCCAGUGUUGGCAUGUGUACAACUUCACAGAUGAGCCGAUAUACUUCACGGGGUUGGCGUCUGAGCCUGGAGCUCGGUCCAUGAACCUCAGUCUGUGGGGUUAUAGGGAGUCCAUGAUGAGUCAGUACUGGGUGUCUGUCACUAUAGACUUCAAGCAGCUUUUCUCCAGAGAUUGUGGGGAGGGGGAUUACGUGCAGUGGCUGGCCCACUCCGACAACACAAGUGAUCAGACUGAUGGCUGCUUGCUGGGAUUUAAGGAAAAGUAUCUAAGGUUACGGAAAGACUCCGUAUGCUGGAACGGAAGAGACUACGUCAUCUCCAAGCAGCCGACACAAUGCCCGUGCACACUGGAUGAUUUCCAGUGUGACUUUGGAUACUACCGGGCAGAGAACAGCUCAGAGUGUGUGGAGCAGCCGGAUCUGAAGGGCCACACGCUUGAGUUCUGUCUACACGGCCGUAAAGAGCAGCUGCAGACUAGUGGUUACAGGAAGAUCCCCGGGGACCGAUGUGAGGGGGGCAAAGUACCCGAGAGGCGAGUGAUUGACCUGAGCAAGAAGUGUGUCAGUAACCUGCUGAGGCCAGAGCUACUGUCGGAGGCUCACUCUGGCAGCUCGGCUGCAGUAAUCGCUGUAGUGAUCAUAGUUCUGAUGAUCAGUGCUGUGGCUGGGGUUCUUCUGGUCAAGAAGUACGUCUGUGGAGGAAGGUUCCUGGUUCAUCGCUACUCAGAGAUGCAGAGGCAUGUGGAAGCUAAUGGCAUUGAGGGAGUGGACGACCUGGACACUACAGAGGCAGGGAAGACUCAUUACAAUGACGACUCUGAUGAGGACCUGCUGGCCUGAAAUCCAGCAGAAUGCAGUCAGGCAGAAUCUAAAGAACCUAAAGCCUACUAGAGACUAACCAGGAUGCCUACUAUUUCCAGUCCCGUGUUCCAGCCCUUCCCUGUUUUUUUGUUGUGUAUGUUUAUGUGAGUCUUUUUUAAUGUUAGUGUUUUCCUCAUGUCUUCAUUCCCUGAGUGGCGUCCGUUAAACCCUGCGCUCUUCAGCUUCCUGCGUACGUUCACCAAAGCUCUGGGGCUAAAAAAAGAAUGGACAGUUUUUUUCUGGAGGACCAGGAAAUGAAAGGAUAGACGUUUCCCAGUGGAUCGGAUCCAGCCACUGGACAAGAGCACAAAUGCCAAGUCCUUGGCAGUAUUUUUGUCUUCACAGUUUUAUUUUUCAGUGCCUAUAUAUUUUUUCUCUCUCCCUGUGUUUGAUCCUCUGCAGGUGUUGAACAGAUGACUGGACUCGGUGGUUGUGGUUUGUGUACAUGGGAUGUGAUUUUCUAGCACCUUCUGGUACUAGUAUAUACUUUAAGACCUGGAUUUUGGGUCACAGUCUUUUUGUUUUAAGCCCUAUCUGGAAGAGGUUAGUUUUUCAGGGGGUCCUGGUAACUGGUAAUUUUCUCUUUUAUGGGGGUCCAUAUAUGUUUUUUUUUUUUCUCAGGCAUCCUGAAUUAUCUACUGGCUGAAUUAUCUACUGUUUUUUGCUAAACUCCGUGGUCCUCCACUAAUUUUAGUCCUGUCUGGACAGACAUCUCUGAGUUUCGUCUCCUCACGUUUAAUAAAAUAGCUAUUUGUCCACUGCCACGCACCGUCAUUACACUUUGGGCGCACGUUUCCAGGGAGAUCCAUGUUUAAAACACAACAGUGAGUGGAAAUGGAGGAGCUACUGAACGCUGAAGAAUGUCAUGUGACCGAGAAAGCAUAAAACUCACUGGUCCUCCUGUUUUUUUCAAUUGCAGGAGUUUUAUCACUGGGUAGAAGUCUGAAAUUACUUUCACAGACAUCCCCCUGAGAAACUAAUCCCGUCCAGAUAGGGCUUUAGUCUUAUAAGAGCGAAAUCUUUUAAUGGACAAUCUUCAGUAAGAGUUGUUAGUCUGAUUCGACCUGUAUCUGAGUGAAACUGAUUAAAUGAAAUCAGUGAGCUUUGGUACAGGUGAAAUAAGAGAUGAGGGUACGUAAUUAAAAACAAUUACACACAAUAAUAAUGAGACCAAAUAUAAUGCCCUGAUGGUAGCAUAGCUUGUAGGUCUUAUUCAAAUCAGUGUUUCUUUUUUUUUUUUUUUUUUUUUUUUAGUUUUUAUUGUUUAGCUUGAGCAUCUCUUGAAUAUUUUAAAUACAGCUUAGAAGCAGUAGUCUUCAGCUUGUCUUGAGGAAAGCUACCAUCCAGCAGGUUUCAAUUCAGCCAGUCAACUUCUCUGAAUGCAGUAAUUGGUGAGAUUGGGGUUGGAGGCAAAGACUCUGUGCACACCUAUCUGGAUAUUUAAAACAAAAAAGAAAUUUUAGGCUUAAAUUCAUGAGAAAAUGCUGUUUUAGGUCAUUAAAAACUGAGUUUUUUUUAAAUGCUCUCCAAAUAUAUAUUUUUUAGUUUUUAUGUGGACAUGUAAAACUGAGGAUUAUAAAAAAAUAUAUUGUUAUUGUGAUAUAUCUUAUCAUUUUAAUUUGCAAUACUUUAAUGAUACGUUGGUGCUAAAUAUCAUUAUUUCUAUUGAGACACUCUAAUCUUCUUAAAACUCGUUCCUCAAUGUGACUUACUAAAAUUACUGCUUCAUUACUCCACAUGGUGGCGCUCUAAUCAAAUAAAUAGAUAUUAAGGUAAGAACAUACCAAUAAAUCCUUAUUUAGGAGUAUGUUAUUAUUCUCAUCAGUAUUAGAGAUGCCGUGAAGCAUCAUAUCAUCAUCAUAAUUAUCAUGGGCAACAUAUUGAAAUAAUAUGAAUGCAUGUUUACUUACUCCCUAUAUAGUGAACUACACUAGCGCUAGAUUUCAAAUAGAUUUUUAAAUAGAAAUAAAUGUAAAUGCUGUACUUUUACAGAGAUUUAUAAUGCUCUGUUUAAUUGUAAAAUCCAUAGUUUUGUGUAUAUCAUGCACAGCACACUACUUAGGGAGUAGUGUGUAAUUUGGGACUGAACCUGUGUGCUUUUCUUUUCUUUUUAAAGGGCUAGAAUGAUCAUUAAAAUAUUUUAUUCUGACUUAACCAGAGUCUGCUGGAACGUAGCUCUCUUCAGGAGCAGUAUUGGAGACCACUGGCAUAGAGCAAUAAGGGUUAAGAUUCCAUAACAUUUUAAAUUAAAGACAAAGAAACGUUUACAAGUGCCUUGGUGUUUAUAUCGGCUAAACAAGAUACAACACUGUGCUGUAAUUGUGAUUACCGGUAUGUUAGCCUAGAAGGAAUACCAUAUUCACCCGUUUCUUUUUAUAGCUUUUAUGGUUGACGAUCCUGGAGUCUUGUUCUGAGAGGCGGGUUUGUUCUUUAGCAGUAAUAAAAAAAGGUCUGUUACCGUAUUUUCAGGAUUAUAAGGGCACUAUCAAUGAACCUCUUUUAAGCAACAAUAGUAAGGAACAAGGGUGUUGCCAUGUUUCCCUUCUAAUUCAGCAAAAAAAAAACUAAGACAAACAAGCAAAAAAAAAAUUAUCUCCUAAAGACUUGUUUAUUUGUCUAUAUCUAAGUUUACUUACAGUAAGCUUAGAUUUUCAAUGUUUUAGUGCGGUUAGCAGCCCUUAGUGCUAGUAAAUGCCGCCUGAAAGUGCUACACUAAGAAACCUUGAGUGAUCCGGUUAGCCAGGGUGCUAUCAGCUAGCGGUUUGUUGCUGUAUAGUUUGUUUGAAUGCAGUAAACGUGCAGACUACAGUCUGAUAUGCUUACCUCUGAACAAAGAAAGAGCUAGCGCUGUGGUUAGCAGCUGGUGCUAAUACUGCUCCAGCCUUGGUGAAGGAGAAACUUUACUGAAACUCCUGUAUAAAGCUGUACUUCAGCAGAGUGGCUUUACUGCUCCUUACAGUAAUCUGACUGAUAGAAUUUAUACAUUAGCUGCACUGGAUUAUAAGGUGCACUGUCCAUUUUUGGGGAAAAAAAAUAAUUUUAAGUGUGCCUUAUAGUGCUAAAAAUAUGGUACUUAAUGAGGGGACACCUGAACACCUGCACUGCAGUUCCUCACUGAUGACCCUGAUGAUGUUAGACUGUGUUUACACCUGCUCACUUUAUGCGAUUUACACUUGAUAGUCGAGUCUCUCACCAGGAGGUACACUACCCAACACAGUGGCACAACACAGUGUGUAAUAAGAAAACACUUAUAAGCUUUUACAUAUCUUUCUGACAUAAAACACAAUGUUUUUUUUGCAUUGCUUCACUGCUACGCUGCUCCUAAAACGAUUUGAGUGAUCAGAUUGGCAUCAGUUUUACAUUUUACACUGUUUACACUUGCAUUUUUAUAUGGCUUGGCCAGCUAUAAUCCUGAUUCUCAUGAAGUGACCGGGUGUAAACGUGAUCUUAUUGUACUUUAAAAUAAGCCGAUUUGUUUAAGAAACUGUGCACUGAUGAACAAAAGUUCCCGAUGGCAUGUUUGCAGGGUUCUGAUCAUUUUCUUGUGACUCAUAAGGAGAUUACAGGUUAUGAUUACUUUACAUUCUGAAAUAAUGCAUUAAUCAAGCAAAGCAAUUGUUGUUGUAAAAGAAGAAGUCUUAAAUUCCCACAAAGCUGAAUGGAAUUAGAUGCACAUUAUGUGCAAUGUGAUCUUUAUCAUAAUAGCAAUAAUUAUAUAUGUUAGAUAGUGUCUGUCUAAUUUUAAUUAUAAACGUUUAGUGUUUUGACAGUGUUGCAAAACAUCCAGUCAAUCAGUUUUCAUGGCAAUAAAAUAAAAUGCGUAAACUCCAAUCUAACUAUAAAAGAAGUUGUGACAUGUAAAAUUCUUCUAAUUACAAAAAAAAAAAUAGUAUUCCUUAUGCACACCCUUAUAAAUACAUACCUCAGGGGCCCUUAUACUCCCUUUAGUCACGUCAUGGUGUGAUGGGUAAAUCUAGGGGGUUUAAACGGUUGAUUGCUGGAACUGUUUGGCUGUGUGGCGGGGGUGUUACGGUACGACUAUAUAAAUAUAAUAAGUAUUUGCCGCAGUCCAGCCUUUGAAUGUAAAGGGAGUAGGAGAGAGUAACAACAUUUUGUUUCCGAUGCUGUAAAUAAAAUGUUAACAGUAAGCUACUGUCCGUAACUACCUUUCAUAUGUUGACGACGUUUGAGUUAACAUAUUAAACGUGGUCAAUUGUCCUCACUUGUUUGUUUUUCAGUCAAAAUAAAGAAGUUCAAACAUUUUA